AUGUCUAUGGGACGAGGCAAUGAUGGUUUUGGCUCGUUUUCGUCGUCGUUUGAUCGUUUUUUCGCCGCCGAGAUCGUCCGCCCUGUUGGGCAGCCAUCUGGCAAGAAGCAAACUCGAACCGGAAUCGCAGUUCGGCCCGCGCGCGCCCAGUACCCAUCACUCUCAGCCUUGGAUGCCCCAGCGAUGGAAAAUUACCAAAGCAUUACGCGGCUAGACCGAUUGCUUCUUUUACUUGAAAAUGCCACUACACGUGUCACUCGAGUGGAAACCGCCAAGCAACUCGGCCAGACAUAUCUUGGACAUGCUGAGUGGGACACUAGAAUUAAUGCAGCAGACGCGAUUGAGCAAAUAUUCUGUAAUCUUCCGCCGAGUUUCGAAGACCUAUGCGAUAAUCCCCUGAAAGACGAAAUCAUCAAACAAGAAAAUGGAGAAAGACUGGAUGUUCCUGUUUUGUUGAAGAUGGAGACCUUCUCGUUGGAAGAAAUCAUCUCAAAUGGAGUGCCACUUAUGGCAUGUUCAGAAGACGAGUUCGUCGACGAUCUAGACCAGUUUAAAUCGAUGGGCUUUGAUAGCAAAGAAGAGUAUUUACGGGCAAAACGUUGUCGGAUGGAAGAGAGAUUGGGUUUAGGCAGCUUUCCGGGCCAGAGAGAUAUUCUCGGAGUCACUGACGAAGACUUGGAUACCGGAAGCGAACCUCCAUCAAAACGGCAUAAAACUGUGAAAAUGGAAGCACAAGUCAGCCUCAAAGCCCUUUACGACUCACCUCCUUCUGUCUUCGCAUCGAAGUGGCCUCUCCAAUGGUUUUACCUAAGAACGAGAAGCGCUCUUGCUAGUCAAAUCUGGGGCCAUAGACACGGAGCCACAUGCGCUAUUCGUGGCCUGUUGAAACAGUCGAAAUCGAAAGCUGUCUUUGCUUUUGUUUCUGAAGAAGAAAAACAAGAAUGGCUGGUAGACAUCGCUCUCCGUUUGGUGAUUUUACUGUAUCUUGACAGAUUCGGUGACUUUGUUUCGGACUCAGUGGUCGCUCCUAUCCGAGAGACUGCUUCACAGUCCCUUGGAAUCGUUUGCCAGUUACUUCCAGCAGAAGUAGUACAACAAGUCGUUGAGUUGCUAUCGUCACUUGUCAAAUCUGGAGUCAGCGGAAAAGCGACGCUCGAAGAAGAAAGUGACAUUUGGCCGAUACGACAUGGUGGUCUCCUUGGUCUUCGAUGGGUAUUUGCGAUCGACUCAAAGCUGCUAGAAUUCAACUUCAGUUACAUGUAUCAACUCUUUAUGAGCGCCCUCGACGAUUUUUCUGAAGACUGUCGGCAAGUAACGGCAUUGAUAUUGACAGACUGUGCUGAAUUCAUCUGCCGAGAGCAUAUGCACAGGGCCAUCGAGCUCGGUCGAAUCGCCUGGAACAACAUAUUGAAAGGCGACGACUUAACUGUUUCAACUGCGAGUGCUGUGACCUUCUUGUCUGCGCUUAUGAAUCAUGGAAGAGAAGAGCUCGUUUUCGGUUGCGUUGGAAAUGAUGCCGGCGUUGUACUUGCAGCCCUCCUUCCCCUUAUCUUCCACAAUCUUUCCACAGUUCGAGAAGCCACCCUGGAAAGUGUGAUUGCAAUGCUCGCCUACGAAAACGUCCAAAACAUUGACAUUGUUCUUCAAGACACAUUGAACAGAUGCUUCUUUACUGUCAUAUCCGAAAAUCCAAAAUCUAAGCUUUCACAAAGUGCCGUGCAAAUUUGGGCGCGCGCAGUUGCUGCCGGAAGUCCAGACCUUCUAAUGGAAAUUAUUGAUGCUACUCUUGACUUGUGGAUAGCGCUGACAACGACAAGAGAUGGACGACCUAUCGACUCGAAGUUAAUCUCAAUUCUGAAAGAACAAGCACUCACUGAUGAAAUUAUCUAUCUAGGCGGAAAAGAAGAUAUUGAUAUUUCUGCAGAGACUCGUUAUACGCUCUGUUACAUGGUUUCCGAAAUAUUCUUAAAAAUGAAUGGCGCACUAGAUGAUAAAUUGAUGAAUCUAAUUACCCAAUCGGAAAAUGGAUACACUCGACUCUUUGCCGCCGAGAUAUUAUUUUUGAUGGUACGAAAGGGACGGCGGAUUGACCCCUUCCUCCCUGUCGUUUUCGACCUUCUCAACAGUACUCCAGUAUUUCUAGAGCUCAAAGGACCUCUCACUGCAUUACAGAUAUCAUCUCGAAAGCUUGGUCUGUCAAUCGGCCGCGACCUUCAUGGAGACCUAAUCUCGCCUUACGAUGCCUUGGAAAUGGGAUCAGAAAUAUUUAACCCAAGUGAAGACCAAAAAUAUGGAUUGACGAAAUCACUGGGAACGAAGCUAAAUCCUAUUGUCAAACCGUUGUUGGAAAGUGUACGAAACUGCUCAAAUAAGUUUACACGUGAAAUCCUAGCAACCGCCUUCUGUAGCUUGAUAGAAACUGCAAAAAAAUUCGCGCCGAACUUUACGCCCAAGCUUUUGAAAUCGCUCAUUAAAAAUUGCAUUACCGACCAUUCUUUCCUGCCGUUGCUUUCUUCCCCUAGCUCAAUUUUCUCCGCAGAUGAUAUAGAAUACUUUCGUCUCUGUGGCAGCGCCGCGCAAUUCUCCUCCAACAAUAUAAUUCUAAGCUAUUACACUAACCUUAGAGACUCUGUAAAACAAAGCAAGAAGGAAAAAAAGAAAGCUCUCAGUGCAAAAGACGGCCGCGAACGUACUGCUCUUACCUAUCGGCGGCUCUCGGCUUCCCACAUUUUGACCUCGUUCAUCUUGCGCUAUCGUCAUGAACUGCCUGAACAACUCCCGCUCCUAUGGGAGCAAUUAUCUUCACUGCCAUUCCCCGUCGACAAUGAUCAACUUCCGAUUUCAUUCAUUGAACAACUUUACCUCGUUGUGAACAUUGGACCCGAGUGUUUCCGCAUUCCAGAAUUAUCAACGACCAUGAUGAAGAUGUUAAAAUCUUCGAUCCCUCUCGCUUCUUAUCGAAAUUUCGUUCUUAGAUAUCUUGUCAGUCUUUUCAUUGGGAAAAGCUGUACCAUUGCUCCUGUGACUAUAAUUCACGAAAUCUUCGACUCGAUUACAAACAUGUUGGAAAGUACAAACGAGUUCUCUCAGAAAGGUGCAAUAGAAAUACUCGCCCAAAUUGUUAUUUCUCUUGGUGACCAAAUUCUUCCCUUCACGACGAUCUUUAUGGUACCGGUACUGAAAGUAAUGUCGACGCAAGAUUUUUACGUUCGCCAAGUUGCUUCAAGUAUUUUCGCGAAACUCCUCAAAGCUAUGCCCCUUGAUUCUGGCUCCAAAGAUUUGGAAGAAGGACUCACAAAAUUGCUUAAAACAAAAAGAGAAGAAAGCCUAUCAUUUCUAAGUCAACUCUUCGAUCAGUCCAAAGCUGAAGACUACAGAAUACCGAUCCCUUUCGCCGCUAAGCUACGACCUUAUCAGCAAGACGGCGUAAAUUGGUUAAUGUUUCUCAAUAAGUACGGACUCAAUGGAAUCCUAUCCGACGAGAUGGGUCUUGGCAAGACUCUCCAGACAAUUUUGACAGUCGCUUCUGAUCAUUAUCGAUGUCAAGAAAAUGGCGAGCGCGACGUCAAAUCUAUUAUCAUUUCUCCUCCUUCUGUAACUGGUCACUGGUAUGACGAGACCCAAAAAUUUGUUCCUGAAAGUCUAUCAAUGAUCCACUACCAUGGAAAUGGCACGGAACGUAAGAGGCUGCGUGAAAUCUUCAUGUCACCUAGCAAUCAUUUCAAUGUUGUCGUGGCUAGCUAUGAAGUAGUCCGCAACGAUAUCGAUUUUUUCAAUAAGUACACGUGGAACUAUUGCGUUCUUGAUGAAGGUCACGUCAUCCGCAACACGAAAACGAAAGUUUCUCAAAGCAUACGCUCUCUGAGAGCGAAACAUCGUCUAAUGCUCACUGGAACGCCCAUACAAAACACCGUGACUGAACUCUGGUCUCUUUUUGACUUCCUCAUGCCAGGUUUCCUUGGAACAGAAAAAGAAUUUAACACUGUUUAUGGUCGCCCAAUAUUAAACUCACGCGACCCAAGAUGCAAAAAUCCGGAAGCUGGUCUUCUCGCACUUCAAGCUCUGCACAGACAAUGCCUACCUUUUAUGCUCCGAAGAGUCAAGUCGGAUGUUCUCAAGGAUCUCCCUCCCAAAAUUAUUCAAGACUUCUAUUGCGAACUGAGUCCCCUUCAAAAACGCCUUUACGAAGAGUUCACUCGCUCAAAACUAAAAAAACGCAUCGAGCAAGUCAUUGACGACGAUCGCAAAGAUACAUCAGAGAGAGCUGGCCAUAUCUUCCAGGCUAUUCAAUACCUUCAAAAACUUUGCAAUCAUCCUGCUCUUGUCCUUACGCCGGCCCAUCCAGAUUACUAUAACAUUUUGAGCGACCUUGACAAGAAUCGAAGCAGCCUUCGUGACAUUGAGAAUGCUCCAAAGAUCAAAGCGCUGAAACAGCUGCUGACAGAGUGUGGCAUUGGCCAACGCGAAGACUCCGUCGUUUCUGAGCACAGAGCGCUCAUCUUCUGCCAGCACAAAUCAAUGCUCGAUAUAAUUGCGCGAGACCUUUUCGAACAUGAAAUGCCUUUAGUCUCCUUCUCACGGCUCGACGGCUCUGUUCCAGCUGGAGCACGACAUGGCAUUGUCUCGCGAUUCAACCGAGAUCCUACCAUAGAUGUACUGCUCUUGACAACGAAAGUCGGUGGCCUCGGACUUAACUUGACGGGUGCCGACGUUGUCAUUUUCGUUGAGCACGAUUGGAAUCCCCAAAUGGACCUUCAGGCGAUGGAUCGUGCGCACAGAAUCGGACAAAAAAAGACAGUCAACGUCUAUCGCUUGAUUACUAGAAACACCGUCGAGGAAAAGAUAAUGGGUCUGCAAAAAUUCAAGCUCAAUAUUGCUAACUCGUUGGUAUCUGGGGAUAACUCCAGCAUGAGUACAAUGGAUACUCACCAGCUUCUAGAUAUGUUCAACUUUGACAAAUCCACCGCCAACCAGCAAAAGCAAAAAGAAGGAAAAUCGAAAUCAAUUCAGUCGCUUGUAGAUGAGCUUGGAGAACUUUGGGAUGGCGAGGCAUAUGACUCCGAGUACGAAAUAAACCAGUUCCUUCAAAAGCUCAACCAAUGA